AUGUUUAAUUAUUUUUUAAAAAGUUUCAAUAAAUGUAAAAACAAAAAUGAUGUUAUUCAUAUAAGUGAAAAAUUUUUAAAAAAUAUUUUUCUCUUUAAUACUUAUGAAAUAUCUUUGAGUUUAAACAAAUUUUCAAAAAUAAAUUUUGAUGAUAAAAUAUUUUGGCAUAAAGUAUGCUAUUUAAUUACAACAAGCGAUGAUAAAUUAUUAGGAAAAUUUCAAUCAUUAAGAAAAGAAAAAGAUGAAAAACAUAAACAAAAUGAUAUAUGUGAGAAACAUAAAAAGGAUGAUAAAAAUGAUAUAAAUAAGAAAAUUUUAUUAAAUAGUAAUGUUGAAUAUAUAAAUAAAGAAAAUAACAAAAAUGAUAAAUUAAUAAAUUAUUUUAGUACAGAAGAGUUGUGUUUAAUUUUAAAUGCAUUAUCAAAAGUUAAUGUAAAAAAUAAUGAUAUACUAAGAUUAGCAUCAGAAAAAUUAUUAAAAGAAAUUGACUUAAAUAAACAUAUAAUAAAUACAAUUAAAGCUAUAAGUUACUUCUCUAAUGAUAAUAAUAUCAAUCUAGAAAAUGUAUUAGAAAAAUUUUCAAAAGAUUAUCAAAAUUUAAAUAAUUUAUUAACUGAAAGAGAUAUUAGUGUUUUAAUAGAGCUAACACUUAAGCAAAAUAACCAGAAUGAAGAAAAAAAUAAUUACCCCUUAUUGAAUGAAAAUAAAAAAAAUGAUACAAUUAAAAAUGAUGAGAACGAAAAUAAACCAAAUGAAAAUUGGAAAAAUCAAAAUAAUUCUAAUAAAAAUUUAAACAUUUUAAAAAAAAAAUUAAUAACUGGUUUAAAAAAAUUUAGCUAUAUAAGUGAACAAAGUAUAGCAUUAAUUUUAAAUGCAUAUAGCAAAUCUUUAGAAAAAAAUAAAAAGUUAUUAGACAUACUUAAAAUAAUAAUAAUAUUAAAAUUAAGAAAAGAAAAUAAAUGCUCUGAUAUUUUUUUAAGUAGUAUAACUCAUUCUUAUUCCACUGUUUAUUAUAAAGAUAAAUUGUUAUUCAAUGAAUUAGCUGAUUAUACAUAUAAAAAUAUAAAUAAUAUUAAUAUAAAACCACUUAUAAUAAUUUUAAAUAGUUUUAUUAAUAUAAAUAUAUUGAAUAUAAAAUUGUUUAACGAAAGCUUAGAUAAAUUAGCGAAUAAAAAAGUAAUACUUAAUUUAUCAAAUCAAUGCACAUCUAAUGUUGUUACUAUAUUUACAAAGUCUUACAACUAUUUAGAUAAAAAAAAAAUUCAUUUUAUUUUUGAAAAUAUUAUAAGAAGAAUAAAAAGAGAUUAUAAUUUAAUAAAAAAAAAUAAUUACUUUAAUAAUUAUAAUGAGGAUAACAGUAAUAAAACGGAAUUAAAUAAUAUUAGUGGUGUAGAGAAAAAAAAAAAAAACUUUAACAAAAAUUUAGAAAUAACAUUUAAUAAAUAUAAAUUUAAAAAUUCAUUUAAUAAUAAGAACAUAUUUAUUUUUAACUUUUUAACAAAACAUUUAACAAAUAUCCUGAAUAAUUUUAGCAAGUUAAAUUAUGCAGAUACUAAUAUAUUUCAGAUUUUUACCUAUUUAAUUUUGAGAAACAAAGAGAAUAUUAAUAAGUUAGAUUUUCUUAAUAUUACAAGUUCUUAUUCUAGAAAUGCAUUUUUAAAUACUGAUAUUUAUGAUAUAAUCAAAGUUAAUUCUAAAAAGUAUAUUUUAAAUAAUGAUUUAAAAUAUGUAGAAUUCAUAAAUUUAUUUACAAGCAUUAGCACUUUUUAUAUAAUUGAAAAAAAUGAAAAUAAAAAAAAUUAUAACAAAGAAGAUUCAGAAUUUAAAGAUUUAAUUAAUUUAAUGAUUGAUAGAUUAAAAGAGAAUAAUAAUAUUCACAUAAAUAAAAAUGAAGAAAAUUGUUUAAAUAAUAAUAAAAAAGAUUUUUUAAAAAAUAUAAGUAAUAAUUGUGAAAAUAGGGAAAGUAAUAAUAAUAAUAAUAAUACUAAUAGUGAUGAUUUACAAAAUAAUUAUUUAAAAUAUAGUUUAUAUAAAAAUAAAAGUGAUAACAAUUACUUUUAUUCUAAUAUAAAAAAUAAAAAUAUUUUAGAUAAUUUGUGUGUAAAUCACAUAUGUAGUAUUUUAUCUUCUCUUUGCAAAUUAAAUAUUCAUGACAAAAUUAUAUAUGAAAAAUGUGUAAAAAAUAUUAAAAAAAAAAUUUUUAAAAUAAACUCGAAAAGCUUAGUUAUUUAUUUAUUAUAUGUAAGUAAAUAUAAUAUAAUUCCAGAUAAUUUUAUUAGAACAAUAAUAUCUAAUAGUUUUAAACUGAUGCAUACAAAUAAAUAUGAAAAAAUAUAUCAAAUAGAAAAACAAAAAAAAGAUUCUUUUCUCAUAAAAAUGUAUAAUUUAUAUUUCCAAUUACAAACAAACGAUAUUAUAAAUUCAAUAUAUAUUAUUAGAUGUUUAAUCAAAAAUGACUUUAAUUACAAAAAUAAUACUUAUAUAAUUUAUCAAUAUUUACUAAAUAUUUGUAAAAUAAUGCAAAAUAAAAAUGUUCAAUUAUAUAAUAAGAAAACUGAAAAUAAUACAUAUAAUAAUAUAAUUAAAAUGGACGAUAUAGAUUUUGAAGAAAAUAUCCUUAUGAAAAAUAGAAAAUUAAAUAUUCAAACUUCAUGUAUAUUAAUUAAUAGUUUAUGUUUUUUACUAACACAUCUUUAUUUUAAAAAUAAAAAUUACUUUAAAAUAAUUACAUUCUUAUUAUUAUAUGCAUUUGAAUAUUUAUUUAAAAAGUUAAAUUUUUAUAAUUUUAGAAAAGAUUUAUUAUUUAAUUUAACUGAUCAGCAAAAAAUAAAUGAAAUCAAAAAUAUAAUUAAGAAUAAAAUAGAUUCUGCAAGUAUGCGACAACUGAAUAUGUCAAUUUUAAUUUUAUUUUAUUUGAAUUCUUUAAAUUCAAUUUAUACGAGAAAAAAUAAUUUAUAUAAUUAUCCUAUUAGUUUAUUAAAUUACUUAUAUUUUUUUUUAAAAUAUAACCCAUUUACUCAAUUUGAAAAAUACUCAUCUAUAUAUAAUUCUUUAAAUAACAAAAAACUUACUUAUAAUUAUGAUUUACAUUUUAAUAAAAAGGAAACAAAAUUAUCCAAUUCUAAAACUCCAAAUAUCUCAAUUAAUGAAAUAAAUAUUUAUCAAAUGAUUUUAAAUAUUCUAAAAAAAAAAAAUCUUUGUGAUAAUUACAACGUUUUUUCUACCUAUAGUAUAUAUAUGUAUUCUGUAGACAUAAUAAUUAAACUUAAAGUAUAA